CGCAAAACCCCUGCUCAGCAAGCAAGCCAUUCCCCACUCUGCUCCACAUCGAAGAAGAGGAAAACCCCAUUUCCAGAAAAAAGAAGAGGAGGAAAACCCCAGCAAUGGCGGGGCGGCGUGGGCGGGGGCGGCCGAGGACGGAGGACAAGCUGAUGGACGACGCCAUCCGCCUCUUCGAAUCGAUGGGCUACGCCGAGGACGACAUCCGCAGCACCGUCCAACAACUCGUCGAGAUGUAUGGGAAAAGGGGGAUGUGGCUGCUGAAGGAAGAUAACUACAGCGUCGUGCAGGACGCGCUCUUCGAGAAGCAGGAGCAGGAAGAGCGGCGACAGCGGCUGCUGGUGCAGGAGGAGCCUAAUAAGCAAAAGGAAUCAGCAAUAUCUGAGGCACCAGUCAAAAGCUACAUGCAAAUGGUGGAGAUGCACGAUGAGAUAUCAGCAGUCGAAAGCAGCAAUGACCCUAUGCUCAUCGACCGCCCUACUUCCGAAGCUACACUCCCACGUCCUGCAGCUACAGGAACUAUCCGUGCAAGGCGCCCCUGCUAUGGAUGGAUUAGCGAAUCUGAGAGUGAUUCAGACUACGAAGAGUACCUCGCCAGUCGACAACAUGAGGUGGCUUGAUGAGAUGCGAAGUGAAGCCCCUUUCACUGGCAGGCAUCACUGACUUCACUGGGAUGGUGAUGUGCUCGUCUGGAGAACUGAUGAGUAUAUACUGGAUGUGGUAUUAUGUUAACGCAGGGUAGACAGACAAGCGCUAUUGACAUGUAACAACAUGGAUGCUGUUAAUUAUGCAUUGCCCAAAUUUGGAUUGUCUUGAUCUGACACGAAGUGCGACUUGUAUUAUGGAGUGUUUCUGAUAAGUUAUGCAAAAUUUGACAACAGUUAAAAGAUUCU